UGAUGUACCAAUUGACUGACAAGCUGACAUAUCUGCUGACAGGGGCGCUGAUGUGACCUGCUGACGACACCUUUAUGAUGGAACCCAGACGUCUCGAGGGUGUCCUUGGGCUCCUCCUCCUGACAGCAGUCAGUGUGGGAGGAAUGUGCCCCACCUCGGCGGAGAGUACGAAGGAGGUGACAGACCUGGAGGUGGGCAUCAAGCAGGCGUGGACGUGCCCGGCUGGGAUGCGCUGGAACAAUAACAUGUCCGUGAUCAUCGUGCGCUGUGACAAAGAGGAGCCACCUGAACAAACCGAGACCUGUAUCGAAUCCACGACCCAGUGUACAGAUGCCCCCCCGACCAUCGCCAGCACCACCGCCACCGCCCUGCCUAACUCCCAAGGCCACUACUACACCUGUGUUAAAGGGACGGCUUGGCUCUCCUCCCGCUCCUAUGGCCAUGUCUCUAGCUGUAAACAAAACGGCCAAUUCCACAUGUUCCUUGAUGCUUGUGAAAAAGAGUGCCCCCUACCGAGAGACUGUUCCGUCCUCUACACACUCGGUUUCAAGACGUCUGGCAUCUACAAAGUCUUACCAUUAGGCAGUUCAAGAGACGGUAUCAUGGUUGAGUGUGACAUGGGUGAGUCGACGCCAGACAAGACAGCAGCAAGUGGGGGCUGGACGCUCAUGUUACGCCAUCAUUCAUCUAAUGGUGUAAUGGAGGGUGACUUUACCAAUGGUUUUCCCGACGAUAAUCUAGAAACUAAGAGCCUUAGUUAUUUCAUGGGUGCCACACACGUGUUACGCCUGGGCCACGACAGCUGUUACGGUUGUCGUCCAUUGAUCCUGAAGGUGGUGCUGGAGUACAAUAAAGGCACCAUCUACCACGCCACCUACCACGUCACCGUCAACGCCACCUCAACAGACCAGAUUGUGCUCACCAGCCAAGGCACUUUCCACGGCGAUGCGGGUGACGGAAUGCUACUCAGUACAGGACAAACGUUUCAAAUCAGAAGUGACAACACGUACUGGUGGGGUGAUACCUCGGUUGCUGACUUGACCGGAAGUGAGAUAAAAUGGCCGCCACUGUCCAACACCACCAUCGACAAGGUCACGAUCUGGCUACGACCAUUAAGCUACGACAAGGAUUCGUCCUGCCCGCCACUGGUAGGAGCAGACCCCUCGUGGCCCACCAACACCAAGACCAACGUGACCGUACCCGUCAGCCGCUCUCCAGGCACUAACAUAACCUACCGGUGUACACAGAGUUACUACCUGGAGGGGAAGGAGGCGGGUGUAAGGUCCAGUAGCGGCGUAGUACAGUGUGUUACCAACUCCGUCGCCAACACACACUCCUGGAACUACUCUCUGGUUCUUCCCUGUACACUUAAGUGCCCAGAAGGUUGGUUCAAGUCGGUGAUUAAGACAAGGUGUUACCAGCUCACCACGACACCUGCGUCAAAGGGGAUAGUCUCAGCUGCCCUUCAGUGCUACAACUUAAACAGCACAUUGGGGACCGUCCUUAACACCACGGACCUGAGUACUGCAUCACCUAACAAGUACUAUUAUACGGCACACACGCAGAGAGGUACAGAUGUCAACAGCGUAAAGCCAGACACCGCCACAGCUCACACACUCUCCUGUUCAACUGACUGUGAGGCCACCGCAGACAAAGAAUGCCUGGUAGUGACGUCAAAGGCCAGAAAAUACGUGUCGUGUAAUGACUCCACUAUACAAGCUGUCUGUAUGUUGCCAGGUUACUGCCCGCCAGACUAUACCAGGUACAGAGGUCUUUGCUACCAGGUGAAAUUCGACCAGGGGGAUGACCUGGUGGGGGCGCUGGCAGAGUGCAACAAGGAGGGGUCGUCUCUAGCUUAUCCUCAGGACCUGGACACACUGAAGUACCUCUCAACACUCGUCUACGAUCUAGCUACUGCUGACAGCAAGACGCUACCACUAGAUGUCAUGGUGGGACUCAACAAUGUGUGGGGAGACUGGUCAGCUUCAGGGAUAUACACCGUCAGUUCAGACAUACAGAAGGCCGUAAAGUCACCGUCAACCACCACCGGCUGGAGGCUACUGACGGUGCCGGAGACGAAGGAGGGAGAUUCGACCUUCAAGGAGGCUACUGGACUGACUGGUAAUGAUGCCACGACCCUUAUCUGUCAGCAUCUUGGUCCCAUGGGCUGCUGGGAUGCACCUUGGGAGCCGACGACGAACAUGACUCGUUCUUCAUGGACGUGGGAGAGUACUGAGACCGCCUUGGCUACUGUCCUUGUAUAUACGUGCUAUCCGGGUUACUUUCUCAACGCCAACCUCAGUCUGUCCAGCAUGACAGUGAAGUGUGUUGGUCAACUCGGUGGCUGGUAUCCCCGGACUGUUCAUAACUGCUUCCCUAUAGACGUAUGCACAGAGGACCUACCCACCGCCCCCUCGUCACUCAUGACCAGGGAAGAGUCGACCAACGUACGCUACCUGAACGGCUCCAUCAACUUUACCUGCCCGGCCAAUAUGUCAACACAGGAAGGGAAUACUACACAGACGAUAACCUGUGUCUAUGAAAACUCCACUUACCUUCACCAUCCCGCCACUGUAGCUCCGUGUGAUGUCUGUCUCGGCGAACCCACAGUGGGCAACGCAACCACAGACUGGGACCUCAGCAACACCUACAAGAUCAACACCACCGUCACCGCUACUUGUAAUGAGAAACACGUAGCUACUUUAACUAACAACACCCAGGUCGUCACGUGUACCGAGACUGGGUGGGAACAGCCCCCUGCUUGCUAUGCUGGGUGCAGUGAGGAGCCGCCAGAAGCAGAAUCCAACAUGACCAGAGCCAACUUCACCGCCAACACCCUCGGAACCACCAUCACCUACACCUGCGAAGAGGGCCUCUAUACCAUCACUAAUCAGACGUACACAGUGCCGCAGGCCGAGAUAACAGCGACCUGCAACAGUGACGCUCAGUGGACAUAUAAUGGCACUGCUCUACACUGCACCACAAUGUGCCUCCAGGAUCCUAUAGCUGCCCCGGCCUUGGGUAGUCACGACUGGGACGGCUUCACAAAAGAGUCUGACACACAGGUUGUGUAUACAUGUGACGAGACGCUGUUUUUUGGUGACGAGAGCUCUAACAUCACCGUCACCUGUCAGCAGGGAAACUGGACCACCAUAGACCAAAAUAUCUUCCAGUGUCGACAGGUCACAGCACCUCCACCACCCUUCCCCGAUGGUGUUAUAAUCCCAACUAGCGGAGGUUCGGCUGCCUCAUCCAUGACGUUUUGGGCAGGUGACACCCUCAACAUCACCUGUGCGGAGGGUAAGGUGACCCCAACAGGUGUGAAUAUGACGACAAUUACCAACAACGGCACUGCCUGGAGCCCAAUUGAUCCUGAGUUUGAGUGUUUUGAUGUCGCAGAAAAUCCGACCCUACCUCCUGGGGUGAGUUUCGCCAUGCCUCCAGCCACCUUCUACGUGGGCCAGAACCUCACCGUGGGCUGUGCUGAGGGGAUGGAACCCGUCGGUGACCUACAAGUUGUCUACAUCACCUACAACGGCACCGACUGGUCACCCGUGGAUCCUGACUUCAUCUGCCGUGUGUACAGAAGGGUUAUAGAUAAGGGCCACUAUAUUUUGUUAAGGGCACAUUGAGCUAUACUAAGGGACACGUUAAGGGUACAUUGAGCUAUACUAAGGGACAAGUUAAGGGUACAUUGAGCUAUACUAAGGGACAAGUUAAGGGUACAUUGAGCUAUACUAAGGGACAAGUUAAGGGUAUAUUGAGCUAUACUAAGGGACAAGUUAAGGGUACAUACAGCUAUACUAGGGGACAAGUUAAGGGUACAUAGAGCUAUAC